AUGAAUGACGUUACGUGCCAGUCUUUGUUUUUCAUCAGUCUGCCUGAGCUGCGAAAACUCUGUGCCGUGAAGGUUACACUGAAUUCUCAGUUUGCAGCAACAGAAAUUAGAACAGCACAAAGGAAGAUGUGCAGGUAAAGGAAAUUUGUUUAUUGUAUUUUUUGCACCUUUGCUAUCCUAAUGAAGUUCAUAGUGGACACAUGGCGGAAGGGGGAAUGAUGAUGCUGGGGGGAAAGCAUGCAUUGAUGUUUUUACAUAUAGGUUGCUUAUCAUGGUUAAUUCACAGGCACUGAAACUAUCUGCAAAGGGUCCAACAAUCCUAUUGCAGCUUGCUGAGCCAAGGAACACUCUGUUGUGACUGUGAGAGAGUUGCUGUAGCUCAAGUUCUGAUAUUCUUUCUUCACAAUUCAGAUGCUUUGUACACUAAUAAAUGCCAAAAUGAUAAGAAGCUGAGUGUAUAAAACACUUGCUGCCUCUGACUAAAGCCAGUUUUAGGCACCCAGUCAAUAAUGGAUACACAUUAUUAAAUAUUUAAGACUCAAUAAAGAUUUUGUUACAACAUUACAAAACUUGAUGUUACUAUGGAACUAUCACAAUAUGCCUCACUUCAAAUGAUUUCAAAAGUAAAGGACCUCUGACUUAGUCUCCCUCUAAAAAUUGUAGCCUAGCCUCAGACUACGUGGACCUGUGCUUGCUGGCACAUCAGGUCUUAAGAAUGGGCCAGUAGAAUUUACAUAUAGAAAUGGGUAUUGCAUCCAUACAUAUGAAAUUGCAUUUGCUAGGAUUUUUGUUUUCUGCUAAUUGAUCAACUGUGCUUCACUUCCAUGAGUAAUAUCUAUGGUAAGAUACAUGGAAUUAAAGAAUAUACAUAGUUAAUGGCCAGUUAUUCUGAGGACACUUAGAUGACUGUGAAGCAACAUCUUAAAGAAUGUUGACUAAAAGAAAAAAAUUUGUAGAGUGCAGUGUACUUUGGGUUAUAGAUUUACUAUUAUGGAAUUGUGGAGGUUAGUGACAAGUUUUGAAUGCUUUACCUAGGCAACUCUUGCAUCUGCAUCAAGAUGUGCUUUCUUCACCUGUUCCUGGAACAUUGAAUCAAAUUUCAGUGGUUAUGACGGUCAGUAAUAAUAUUUCUGGUAACUUAUAUAUAAAUUCAGAGUAUAGAUGGUCCAAGAUCCCCUGGACAAGAUAUUGAGCACACUUAUGUCUGAGCUUAUGAAGUCAGGGUUUUCCAGGACAAGAUUUCCCCAGGGAAAAAACUGCCACUCCCCAUCCAGGAUCUGGAGAACUGAAACCAAGUUGCCAAGCAACAGUGAACUGGUGAGGCUGUACAAGCAGAAAAGUAUAGAGGCCUGGUUGCCCUGGCAAUUGGAAUGACCUGGCUCUUCCCUAAAGACCCCAAAGUCUUAUAGGACUCCAGGCAACCACAGAAAGCAUGAGAGGCCUCCCAUCUUUAAUUUAAAUGUUGAUCAUAUGUCUGAGGAUCAAACAUUCUGGCUACAACGGUUGAUUAGGUUGGAGGCCAAGAACAAGGAGGAAAAACUGGGAGACAUUCAGUGGCAGGCCUGGGGGUCUCAAAUUUCAACAGCAUCCCGUGUGAUGCCAAAAUUCAGCAAACCACCCCCCUCACCUUUCAUUCUAUAUCAUAGUUGCAACAACCCCAAGCGCUGCACCCAAAGUGACUGAACCAGUAGCACUCCCCUAAAUCCCUAAAUCUGUGACAUUAACCCCCUAUUCUUUCUAUCUCAUAUUAUACCAGUGAACAAGCCAGUGAUGAGGCUCCUUAGCAGGGCUGCAAAUGUACACGCUUACAAAGAUAAAGAUUGUUAGCAGAAUUCAUGUGAUUGAUACCUUGAUCUUAAGAUUAGACUAUUACUUUCCAGUCCAUAGAAGCUUGUUAUACAACCGUAGCAUUUGACAGUUGCCUUUAUCAGCCACCCUCUGGAAAGGUCUUAUCCUGAAGUCACAAGGGGACUAAACAUAGUGCCUUGCCAUUUUCUCUUUCCCUUAAAUACAUGAGUUUAGAAAGAUUCUAAAGACAAACAACUGUCAUGAACAAACCAAGUAACAUAGUUUCUUUGUAGUGAUUUUUGUCAUUUAGAGAAAAUUUCAACAUUUCUACAUAUGGGAGUGAGACCAAUUGCAUUUUUCUCAAAAAAUGUAAGAUUAUCUUCAUUAAAUGUAUCCAAACAAUAUCUAUCUGUGAUAUAUUUGUUUGUUUUGCUUGUUUUAGAUACUCUUCUAUAAGUCAGGAAAAUUUCAAGCUUAUAUAGAGAAAAACAGAUCUAUAGUAAGUAAUAAAAGUUUUUUCUAAGCCUGGUUACAUUGUUUAGCAAUUGCAUAUACUUAUUUGUUUUGUUUAUUUGCUAAAUGUAUAUACCUCACAUAAAACCUAGCUCUCUGAAAAGUUUGAAAACUUUUCUUUAUAAUGCCCAGUCCAGUGGCUGGUGGCAGUAUACCUAGGACUACCUGUAGUAACACAAGUUGAUUAUUUUUUUAAUCACCAGUUCAAUGCCUCACCAGUUCACACAAGCUUGUUAAGAAUUGUUAAGCUUGUUAAGGCUGUAUAAGAAUCCACACUUGGAUAAUGAAUUUGCUAUUAGUAUAAAUCAACAGAAAAACUGUUUUUGUAGGUUUCUGUCCCCUGACCUGCUAUCUAUCAAUACAGAACUAAUUUUCUGUAGGAAAAGUGAAAAGGAAGAGGGCAAAUUUCAGGAGUGAGCCAGCGGUAAAUCACACGGUGAAAGUUGGAGCUAUCUCUACUAGCAAAAACGCAAUUGACACAGAAGUGUUAGGCCUAGUGGGCACAGCAACUUAUCUCUUGUUCCCAUGAAUCAGUUGCUGAUAUGGAAGGUCCCUGCCUUUCUACAGCUGUCUAAGUCCCCUUUUCUCCAGGGUUUGUUUUCCAAGCAAUUGGAGACUGUGACUUGUGCCUCGCCAAUCGCUCUUCCACCCUUUUCCUGCCUUUGGUUCAGGGAGACAAGAGGGAGGGGAGCUUGUUGCAGCAGCAGCAGGAGACACCCAUGACACUUCACCAGCCUGACUCAUCUCUGCCUCUUGGCCUCUCUCCUUCCACCUCCUGCUUCAGCUUCUGCCUCUGAUUCGGAACUUCUCUCUGUUACACACUUUCCCAGCUCACUAAGGCCUGUUACCUCCUCAGCUUCCAAUACCUCCCUUUCCCAGUCUUCUCCCUCUGACCACUCAUCAUUGUCCCACCACCACUCUCUGGGCUCUGAAUCUUCUUCCCUUGGUGGUUCCCCAGCUGGUUUCUCCCACCGUUCCUCUCCAACCAGGAAAAUUAGAAAACAUGAAAAUUGGUGGCUAUUGAAGGACUGUACCUCAGUACAGAGCUUACAUUUUCACUUCAUUUUUUAGCACAGAUGUUAUACAAUUGUAAUAGUAUACAACACUGCUACAUUAUGUUGAACCAAGAAAAAUAACUUGUGUAAUUUACUGCACACUGGGAAGCUGUGUUAGCACUUUCAAAGGCAAAACUAGAUAUUUCAAUCACAUCACUGGGAACUGAAUGAUUGUUUUUUUGUUUAGUAGAUAACAACUCAGAUUGGAACCAACAUUGUGGGAGAUAAGAUUUUACCCUUUGUCCCCACCAUGGGUCACCUGCCCAGCUGUUAUCCACCCCAAGAGAGUGCCAAUGGCAGCUUCCCUCCUGCAAAUAACAGCUCCUCCCUCCCUGGUGGAGACAAUCAAGAUAAAAACCAUGGCAGAGGCAGUGGAUUACAUCUCUUCUCUCCCCACACUGUGGUCCUGAUCUGUAUCCUGCCCUUCAAACCAUCUGUUUUACCAAACAGAAAAUUGUCCCACAACUGCCAAUUGCAAUUGUUGGUCACCCCAUUUAAUUUGGCCCUUUGGUAAAGAAGAGCUGCGGCUAGACAGAGUGGAAUGUAUUUCGCUGCAUGGAUCAAUCAACUUCAUAUAGUGUCAGUAUGCUCUAUGAUUAGCAUAUUUUGAAAGAGAAAGCAUGUAUUUUUUAUUGUUUUUUGGUUUAUCACACUAGGUGGCAAUGCCAGAGAGAGUUGUUCCAGCUGUCUUUCAAACCUGCCUGUCCUAUACACUUAUAGCCAAACUUGCUCCUAAUUGGAACCAAGCUGGUCAUCUCUUGAUACAAGGUAUUUAUUCUGAACCUUUGACAAUCACAGUCCUAUGUAGUGUUAUAUAUUUGCUCUUUUCUGCAUACAUUGCCAAUUUGCUAGCUUUAGAUCUUCUUUUGUCAAGUGAUCCUAAGGAAAUUUUAAGUGUUACUUUAGAAAAUGCUUAUAAUACCCAUGCAUAUUUGCAUAUUCCUUCUGAUCUGGGCAGUCACCUCCCCUAGUACUAACUAGUUUGGGAGAGUUGAGAAAAAGGAAUAAAGGUCCCAUGGGACACUGACUGAAUAGCACUGAGCUAAACUGCAUAGCAUGACUAGAACAAGAAUUUUUGUUCAUAUUUCAUCAGACCACACACUGCUUGUUCACUACCAGAACUCCUGCCAAAUGGUAUUUGACAUGAUAGUUGUGCAUUUACAGGUUCAAAGAAGAUAAAGCACAACUCUGAGAAAUAAAACAUAUUCACUUCCAUAUAAAAUCCUAUGUAAGAAAAGCCUAGACAACUUUGUCAGCUUGUUUGAAUUGUCAUGACUCCAUUCAAGAUACUGUAUUUUUCAUUCAGUGGGGCUCAAUUGCACAGUCUAGCCAGUGCCUCCUCAAUUGUCUGCCCCACUCCCUAGCGAUGCCAUAGCCUUUUGGUGGGACCAAUGCCUGCACCAACUCCUUGUAUGCUAAAUAAAGAUGGCCAGGAGACAGAGAAAAGGUAAGGAUAGUUUUCACCCCCCAAAGGACCAGAGGAGGUGCUGAAGGUAAUUAAAGAGUGAGAUAAAAGGUUUUGUGACUGGUGCCCUCAGCCCUCUCUGAAAAUAAAAAAAAUGUGUCCCUUGAUCCAAAAGGUUUGACAACCCCUGAUUUAGACGCUCUGAAUCAGCAAAUUCUGUCUAAAAUUGGGAUGUUGAGUCAUAGUACCUCCAGCUCAAGUGUCUGUGCUUAGCUUGGGGAAAGCUAAGUUAUGGAACUCCUUGUCACAAGGAAAAUGCUGUGACAAAGAAUUUCCUAAAAUGGAUUAGACAUCAGUGGAAAAUGAUAUCCAUCAUUGCCAACGGAUUAUGUCAAACUCUGCUUCCAUUUAGCACCAUUUUCUUUCUGGCUUUGUCCCUGCACCACCAUUCUGUGUCUUGUGGGUCUCAGUAACUUCUAGUCAUCUCAAGUGGACCCUGGGGGUGAAAUGUUUGAGAACCCAAGCUUCAUACUGCAUAAGGAAUCUAUUUUGAGGCAGCCUUGGAUGGGAGAAACCAGAUCCUUUCCAAAAUACUGAUUUGUAAAGGCUUUAUAAAGGCAGCAGGCAUAUUUGUUUUAUAAUAUGUACCAAUUCCAUUUGUUAAGGGAAAGAUUUUCUGUCACAAAGGGGAAAGCAAAAUGCAGUUGGUAAGUACAAUAUUGAUUGAAGAAAAUAUAUGUUGCCCUCUCAGGACCUGAAAUUAUUUUGGUGAUAUGUGUACUCAUGUCAGUGUGGUUGAAAAAUAAUGGAAUCAUUUGUGCAUCAAAUGCAGGUACAGAGGAUCACCAGCUGAACCUCUACUAUGUUUGCUUUGUUGGAACCUGAUGAAGAUAUCUUUCGGUGGAAUGCUAUGUCAGGCUAUUACAAAUGUUCAGGCUGCACAAGCAUAUCAGCUUGCAAGAUGGAACAAUCCGUCUCCUCACUCCCACCACACACUGGGGGUUCUCUCAACACCCCCCUGAGCCAAUUUUGGGGGGCUGAGGAGGGGGGAAAGCCCCAUUGGGCACACUGAAGCCCUUGCUGAUGGGUUUUAUUAGGUGAAUCCUGUCAUGUAUCUUUAAAAGCCUGGUAUAUCAGUCACCAUGAAGGCAGAUUAUGCAUAUAUUUCCCAUUGUCAAGUGGCAAUCAGAGGCCAGUAAGAUGACUGCACAUAACGUGUGCAUGAAAGGCAGUUGUCAACAUGCAGUGAUGACAGGAAUGCCUAUAUUAUGUCACUCCCCAAUACAAGGCACAAGUAAACUACCAGGAAAAACCUAGAAUGCCCCUCUACUGCUACUAAUUCUGUGACCUUUAGGAGAUCAACAAUUCAUGUCUGGAACCAUAAGCACUAUGGUUUUCCUCAAGCAUGGGUUCAAAUUCCCUUAUAGCUCAAACAACUGUAGCUGCUGCAAACAACCCUUUUGCCAGGAAAAGUGCUAGGGCUACACAGAGAAGGCGGGAUGGCUAUUUGCUACAUGCUUAAGCUCUUGGAUUUGCCAGAUUCCUAUAGUGUAAAUUGUUGGUUGGAAACUUUGCUUAAAAUUAAGCACAAUGUUUUUGCCUAUUAAUUAUCUGAAUAUUACAAAUUUUAUUUUAGUUAUGGACAUCAAUGUAUCAGAGACUCAGCUCUGCAUUAGUGUCGAAGUUUUCACAGUACGUCUGCCACCACCUGAGGUACAGGAGUAAAUCAAUGUUUUCUAGUUGCAUUUUAACUAGGCCUGCAAGUCUGCAUCCUAUUGGGGGUUUAUUUAUUAUUCAUGACACUUUCCCCUUCCUUACCCUACACCUUCUCCAAAUCUGCUCCAGAGGGUUGGGGAAUCUGCAGAACAGAUUUAGUGAGUGUGAAGGAUGGGGAGUCCCAUUCUGCAAAGAGAAAUAUUUGUACUGGUGAGAUUGUUGCUUAGUGCGGUGUUGGUUACAAGCCAAUGUACUCAUGAAGUUUUGAUUUCAUAAUAAGUAGAUGAAUGCUGUAUAGGUUUUUAUGGUACCUUAAUUAUUUUAAUGCAUAAUACUUACUUGCCAUAUAUGUUUGCAGAUACUUUGAAAAAUUACUUUAUUGAUUUUUUUCUAUUCUCAGCUUGAAGAAUUUAAUAUUUCAGCAAACAUCUUAAAGAAAUUUGACAGUGAUAAUAAUGCUAUCAUUCAAAAAUACUCUAUUUUAAGUAACUGGUGCUAUGUUUUGCCAAGGUAUGUUUUUAUAUUUCAACAAGAAAUGCUAAUGAGAUGAACAACACAUCUCCUGCAAUAUGUAUUAGUAAUUAUGACUAGUUUGGAAAUUGAUUACUCAAGGAGAAAAAACAUUUCAUGACCAAUAUCGACUUUUCAUAAGUGUUCAUACAAAUUCAAUUGGCAUAUUCAUUAUUUUUUAAAAAAAGGAAUUUUUCAAAGUCUAUAUUUUUAUUUUUAUUGCGUACUAUUUUUAAUCUUUACACAUUUCCAUAGGAAAAUUUAUUCUAUCUGUUUUCCCUGUAUCAAACUGUAAGUGAUAUCUGCAGAUAAAUUUGCGUUACCAGCUUUUUCUGUAUGAGAGACUGUCGAAAAUGUCACAGCUUUAUAGCAGAUAAAAUUUUACUGUUAAAUUAUAAACAAAGAGUGACAGUUCAGUUUCUGAUCUACUUCCUGUAAAACAGGCAAAUUGUUUCACUAGCCAAGUUAAGUUACAAUGCUGUAAAUCACUCACUGGUGUGGGUGGACUGUAGGAUCAUCCAGCACAAUUCAUAUGUGUCAUGAAAGUAACUAUGUUUUCUAUCUCAUUAUAUGGCAUGGAAUUAUUAUUUUUUAGUUUUCUUUCCUUACUUCUGCACAGCAUGAAAAUGGGUCAGAUCAUAAGCAUUAGCCACAUAAUUCCACCCGAUACUCCAUUCCAGUCAUAUAGUGAUUUGCAGCUGCACUGGGAAAAUCUGGUAAGUGAGUGCAAAUACAUAAUUUGUUCAGUGUUGACUAUUUUAUAUAGCAAGUUCUUAACCUCCUUGUAUUUAUGUAUAUAUAUUUUCUUCAGUAUGGCUAUAUUCUUCCGGAGGAUCCUGGGAUUUAUUGCAACGUUUACUUCAAACUGAUAGGGGAGCAACUCUUCACAUAUCUUUUAUAA